GCCGAGGGCUGUGCUGCGCAGGCGGGCGGGCGGGCACGCACGAGAUUCGCUUUGACUGAUUUUCGACGCAGGAGCUGCACCACUCUUUGGUCCGGUAAGAACCCGCACUAGUUAAGACGUCUGGCGUGUAGCACAAGCAUCGGAGCAGUGCAGCCUGUGUGCAGAGCUUGCCGCGGGCGGCCCGAGAGACGCAACGCAAGCACCCAUGGACGCGGCCCCAACACAAGCAAUGGUGGAGCCAAAGAAACUGAAGGUCGUCGAGCUGCGCGCCGAACUGAGAAGGCGGGGCCUGGCCGCGGACGGCCUCAAGGCCGUGCUCGUCGACCGCCUCCAGGCGGCGCUGGACGAGGAGGAGUUCGGCCUCGGGGCACCGUCGCCCGCGCCUGAGCCCGCAGCCGAGCCGGCGGCCGCCGCGCCGCCGCCGCCCGAGCCGGCCUCGAACGAGGAGCCCGCGCCGCCGGUUUCUGCACAGGUCCAAGCCGCACGGGCCCUUCGCGCCCGGCGGGCCGCCGCGGCCGGGCCCGAGCCAGUCGAGGCCGCGGGCGCGCCGAGCGAGCGCGACCUGAUGGCGGCGAUGGGCCUGCCGACAGCAUUGGGUGGUCCCGCGGCCGCGCCGACGCCCGCCGCGGCGCCGGCGGAUGAGCCAGGGACGCAGAAGACGUGCAAGCACUGCGGCCAGGCACGGUCGCAGAGCAUGUUCGUCGAGAAGCAAUGGAAGAAGCCCCGGCCGACGUGCGUCGACUGCGCCGCGAAGCUGUCGGCGCAGAACGAGCCGACUCGGACGAAGCCGCCUCCGUCCGACGGCGGGGUCAGCGUGCGGCAGCAGCUCGAGUACUACUUCUCGCCGAGGAAUUGGGGCCAGGACGCGUUUCUCAAGAGCCUGGCGGACGAGGACGGCGCGGUCGCGCUGGAGGCCUUCUUCACGUUCCCGCGCAUCGCGGCGCUGCUCUGUGUGGAAAUCAAAACUGCACGGCGUAUUCGUGCCGAUGCCGGUCGGGUUAUCGCCGAGAAAUUAUUUCUAUAUAGGCGCUCCUCCCGACGACGGUCGACGCGGCGAAGACGGCGGACGACGACCGGCGCGUGCUCGCGGCGGCGGUCCGCAAGUCAAGCCAGCUGGACCUGACGGCCGACGGGCUGCGCGUGAAGGCGCGGCGGAAGCGCGAGCGCGCCGAGAAACCCCCCGCCAUCGCGGGCCUGGAGCUGUCCGAGGAGGAGCUCGCGCGGCGCGCAAAGCGGGCGGGCCGGUUCGCCGCCGACGCGGCGCGGCCGCCACCGCCGCCGCCGAAGCGGACGUUCGCCCACCCCGGCGGCAAGAUCACGUCGAACAAGGAGGAGGCGACGAUGAAUUUCCUGAAGAGAAAGGUGGAGGCUGAGCAGGAGCCGCCGGCGCAGCGGCCAGCGAUCUAUGACGAAGAACCUGAGUAAUAUGCCAAUUCCCGCA